GUGCUUGUCCCGCCCCAACUGGCCCGCCUUUCCAUGAUCGUUGGCGACCACACUCUCCGCACACCAUCCUUUUCGUGCUCGCCGUCGAGAGCAACAACAGCCGACGUGUGCCUAUCGAACUAGCGCACCAAGACUAAUUGAUCGCCUGUAGAACGUUGUCCAGCGCCUCCAGCUGCCAUUUCAGGCUAUCAGACCCAAGCCUCGCCCUCCCAGCUUUCCAACAGUGCUGAACUCGUCUCUCAGCCAGCUCGUCCUGCUCCAACUGGUCGCUUGAACGAUCCCCGACGCGGUCCUUAACGCGUCCCUCGUCUUUCGAAUCCAAUCCCGCCGAAAAACAAUAACCGUAGCCCUGGCUCGCAACUUAGUCCCGAUCAGGUCUAACCUGAGCUGAACAAGGGGACUACCACUUUCUGCUGCAAUUUGAACCAGGUACUAAACCCCGCUUUAGACGGUGUUAUCGCUGCUUCCAGCGUGCUCACCAUGGAACUCGACUGGGAGACGCGUCCGCUAUCCAUUGCACCCAAGUCCCGGGAAUGGCAUACUGCUCAGAACCAUGCCGGUCCUUCUUCUGCGACAUCCUCAUCUUCAGCUUUCAUGUCAAGAAGACGUUCAACAGCCGUGCAUGUUCCUCCUCCAGGACCUCCGCCAAGUCAGCCGAUACCUCACGUCCCCAUGAUCAUCAACCACCAUGAUGAUCGCGACGAAUUCCAGUUUGCAUCGUCUUCCAGUCCUUCUUACGACACACCUGAGUUUCACAAUUCAUUUGAGCCGCAACCGUACUCAUACAGUCGUCCAUCUGCCUCUGCUAACCUUGCCGCUGUAGCUGCAUUCUCGCAGCGACACGCACAUCCGUCACCGUCACCCAUCGCCUCUUCAUCCGCUGAUAAUCUUUCCGACCCUCCUCCGCGCUCCAUGCUUCGCAAUGGGACGCGCUCUCCGGUGCAAACACACGACAUUAUCCCUGAUCGACUCCUGCUUUCGCCACAGGAACCUCAACCUCCAUCCGACAGACGACCUUCAUCCGAGAGGCGCCCUUCGUCUCGUAGUGCCCUCACUAAAGCCUUAGAGUUAGCGAGACAAGCUGUACAACUGGAUUCGAAGAACGACGAUCCUUACGGAGCUGUGCUAGCAUAUAGCAAGAGUGUUGCUUUAUUGAGCGAGGUGAUGGAGCGUGUUAUGAGAGGCGAGGAUAGCUCAGAGUCUCACCGUCGGGGUAACGGACGACGACGCAGUGUAGUUGCGCAAGAAGAGGAAGUCAAGCGGUUGAAGUCUAUCCAUGAUACGUAUGCUGAUCGAAUGAACAUACUGAGCUUGAUUUACAACAUACCAUUACCCGCUCAUUCACCUUCAUCUGGAUAUGCGUCCUCCACCACCUCUGUAUCAACAGUUUCCACACAGCCAUCUUCGCCUUCGUCAACCUCACCGUUAUCCGAAAGUUCAAAUGGCUUACGGUCUCGAACAUCGUCUACGUCCUCUCAACAUUCUUCUGAUGAGCUUCGUGGGUCCUCAGAGACUGCACGACCACACGCCGAUGACUCGGAUGGUAUGCUUGCAAUAGGCGCUGCGAUGUUCACACUUGAUACAUCUAUGUCUCCCCGCACGCCUGUUGGACCUUCCGUUCAUCCAUAUGCUGCUUCCUCCGUGCAACCACUACCACCUAGUCCAACAGCUAGUCGGACAGCCGUGGCCUCUCCUCCGAGACUUGCAGUUGGUCGUCCUCGGGCGUCUUCUACCCUCCCUCCUCCGGCUCCUCCGCCGACCACUCUUCCUCCUCCCGCCCCUACACCUUCCAUUAUUGAGCCUGCUCCGGAGCCCUCAAUAUCACCAUCAUUGCGCCAUCACGAACCCAGUGUCGUUGGUCGAACAAGAGGGUUGUCAAUAAACCACAAACGAACAGGUUCUGGAAGCAAGCUUGCUGCACUUCAAGAGGAAGCCGAAAGGUCGGAAGAUCGAAUCACAAUUGAACCAGACCUCCUUGCUCCUGCAGAUGCUGACGAGAACGCUGUACGUCGCAGUAACAAUCGCGAUUCACACCCACUCCCGCCUUUGCCUUCCCCUGCACCGUCUUCUGUCGAAUCAGCAACGACGCCUCGCAAUGCUGUUAACGGUAGCGACUCCGUUCCUCCUAGUCCGCAUUUCUCUUCUAGGCCACGGGGUGACUCAACUGUAUCGACACGUUCUGCCGUAAUUCCGACGAAUCACCAGCCAUUAAUUAAUAACUCGACUACAAUGGGGACCAUUUUCCAGAGACGCAAUAAGACAUCUGCACCGCCACCAUCGGCUACUGGCACUUCACCGACAGAUUCAGAAGUGUCCUUGUCUAAACUGACGGCAUCCUCGCUGCCUGCUAGUACUGUGUCCAGCUUAGGCAUGUCCAAUAAUCGAAGUAGAGCAGUCUCACAACCAGGUCGGCGACCAUCUGCGGCAACCUAUCCUUUCCCUCCUCAGAGUGCUGGUGCUAAUAAUGCUCAACCUACGGGACAACCACGGAAAGUCUCGAUACCUUCAAAGCUAGGCCCGGGUGCUCCCCAAAUAAAGAUUAACACGGCGCUUCUCUCACCACCACUGGGGAGUGCAAUGUUAGAGAUGGCCCCUCUAGUACCCCCACCACCGAUACCCCAUGGAAACAUACCCACUGCUCCGAUGUCUCCGCUGCCCCCUUCAGCGCCUUCAGAUCCACUUCGGAAACCGUAUCAUAUGAUGAACCUGCUCAGGCAGACUAUGGUCUCUAAAACUGGUGGGUACGUGACUAGACGGCUGCAUGUACCACAGGAAGUGUGGUCUCAAGGCGGUGCGAAACUUACGAAUAUACCGGAAAAAAUUCGAGUAGUCGAGGUGCUCUGCUCUGCCCUUGAGGAACUGCAGAGCUGGAGCGUCGAAUACUUUGGCGCUGGAAAUGUGAGCAGUGGUAUGUCCCUUGGUAUUGGGAGUAUCGGCAAAAAGGAGGGCGAGGCAUGGGCAACAAAAUUGGAAGAGUUCUCGAGCGUUUGUGAUGGCGUAGUGGGUAACUUUGGGAAGAAACUUGGCGUAGGUGAAGGUUUCGUCACCAAGAAAAGCAGUGGCGUCACCUCGUGGGGAGGCAAACUGACACGACAGUUUGACAAGUUCACGAACGGGAAAAACCUUGAUUCACCCGCGAUGUAUGUCCAAGGACUCGCAAAGUUGUUCUCGCAAGCACAAAUCCUCGACGAACAUACCAAAGCGAUACAGACUCAACCUAUCGCACCACUUUACGCGGUCUUUUCUGCAGAGCUAAGGGCAGCCAUCGAACACAAGCUAAAACACGCUUCUGAGUUCUUUGCCAAGGUCGUUCUCACCUUCGUGAUCCGUGACAUGGCUCUACUACUUGACAAGUACGUCAAGAAAUGUGAGAAAUGGCUAGCGGAGUGAUCGGCCUUUCUGUGGUGGUUAUUCUUUUCUGUUUGUUUCUCAUUCUCAUUGGUUCCGCAUCUCUCGUCCCUGUUGUGCGCAUUUGUCUUCACUAGUACUGGUCCUCACUUUUUCUUUCCAUCCUUUCGUGCAUUCUUCAUCACGUUUUUCCUUACUGUGACAGUUGUGGAGUUGACCUACGCAUUGUAAUUUUAUGCUCUCAGGAUUAGAAACAUCACUGGAUCUCUCGGCUCAAUCUCUUCUGUUGCAACCGUUCGUCUCUUCCGUCUGUCUGUUGGUUUAAACUUCACCUCCUUUCGACAAGCCUUCUUUUGUGUGAUGCCGUUCUUCGGUUCACUUGCGUGUGCGUACCGUUUCUUUUAACUUCGAAGUUUACAGUAUUGGGCCCCAUGGUGGUAUAUCAUCUUAUCUCAUUUCCCUUCCCUUCUAUGCAUUGUUCCCCUUACAUAUUUCUGCUUAAUUGUACAUACUGGUGAAUGUAUAGGACUACAAGAGUCGUGCCACACCUACAUAAACAUGGAACAAGAACUCAUUCCUCCUCAC